GCUUGUAAUGCGAUGAAUAAAGAAAAAAUAUUGUCACCCAUGUCAAUCAUAUAAACUCUCCACUUGGUUGGUAUGUGAUGCGAUGAAUAACAAAUUAAAUUUAGCUUCGUGGAUGUAUAACCAAUAUGGCUCCUUGAAAUUCAAGUCUAAAGUGCAAAUUGAUAUAUUUUCUAAGAUGAAAGCCAAAAGGAUAUAAAAUUGAUGUGUCAAAUUAACUUUUCUUUUCCAUUAUGCAACUGUUAAAAUUAUAGAUGAUCUAGUUUGAACAAGCAUGACAUGUGCAUUUAGAAGCCUACGAACUCCUCAAUAAUUGAAUUUCACAAUAGCUACAUGUCAAGCUAUGCUUCUUAGAACGGGAGUCCUAUAGAUGACAUGGACUCUCUAUAGGAACAUUUUUUUUUCAAAAGAGAUCUCUUUUCAAUCAUCUAGUCAAAAUUUAAUUUUGACCAUGGAUGGCUAUUUAAAUUAAGGUCAGUAUCAAUAACCAAGAUUAAAGUUUAACUGAAUUACUACUUUAAUGAGGACAUUUCAUAGAAAAAAUAUAAAUUCAGACUUGAUUAAUUUGACCUUCUAAUGAUUUUAAUACUAAGGACACAAACUGUAAUAAUUUAUCAGUCAUUUGUUAUUGAAUAAACAACUCAUCGGUGAUGAUUGACGCUAAGUUGAUAUACCGCAAGAGAACUGCCUGAAAUUAGAGUUUACGCUUGCUUCCUUUCUAAAAUUGAGUUCUAUAUAUGUUAUUAUCACGCAGAUUUGACAAGGAGAGAGUGCUUUGCUUUGUCGGCCAACAAGGCAGCAUGAACUUUCAGUUUCCCUUUUUCUAAUCAACUUAUUUUCACAUGCACGAAAUCUUCAUGUAUGAGAUAAGAUGAGACAUUACGUUUCAUCUCCACUCACAUUACUGCUUUUCUUGGUGCCCAAGUGAGCUUCAAAAAGUCCUCUUUUUAGCUGUUCCAAAAAAUAGAGAGAUUCCAGUGUGAUGAUGAUAAAAGUGACUUGCAUGCAAAAUUUUGCUUGGAUUAUUAUUAUUUUUUUCACUCAGUUUCAAUUACAGAGGACUAGUGCAUGAAGGAAAGUCUAAUACUGAACAGUCUUUUUAAUUCAUAGAAAAAAAAAAUUGAUUUGUACGUAUGUUUUUCAAUUAUGAACAGCUUUAAUCUUAAUGGUGGGUCUGCUGUGUGGCCUCACUCCAGAGUGGGCUCUGCCUAUAGCAUUGGUAAAAUUUAACUCAUGAUUAAAUACUGUAGCAGAAGAGAUCAAUAACACAGUGGUAUAUAUUUGGCCACAGUGCCCCUCUUGCUGGAUGCUUCAGUCUUUGGUUUUCCCUCCUCCAAGAAAAAUUAUAUGCCAGAGGAGAAAACCAGAGAUCCAAGAGGGCUUGGAUCUCUAAAGUUCACUUUUUUCUUCUUCUUCUUCUUCUUCUUCUUCAAGCUCAGCUUUGAUUGGAUCAAUGGAGGAGCAACUCAAUCCUUUAGCUGUGACUCAUCUCCUGCAACACACCCUGAGAAGCCUGUGCAUCAGCAAAAGCUCCCAAUGGAUUUAUGCUGUCUUCUGGAGGAUCUUGCCGAGAAAUUACCCUCCUCCCAAGUGGGAUCUCCAAGCAGGGGUUUAUGACAGAAGUAGAGGAAACAGGAGGAAUUGGAUACUUGCGUGGGAGGAUGGUUUCUGCAAUUUUGCUGCUAAUUCCACAACCUGUGAUCAAUUAGCAGCAGGCACCUCAUCAGCUUAUGAAGAAUGUGAAACUAGUAAAGGCCUCCAACCUGAGCUCUUCUUCAAGAUGUCCCAUGAGAUCUACAACUAUGGAGAAGGCUUUAUUGGAAAAGUUGCAGCAGAUCACGGCCAUAAAUGGGUGCUUAAGGAACCCCAAGAUCAAGAGAUCAACUUCCUCUCCUCUUGGAACAACUCUGCUGAUGCACAACCAAGAACUUGGGAAGCUCAGUUUCAAUCUGGCAUCAAGACCAUUGCUCUAGUCGCAGUUAGUGAAGGAAUUGUGCAAUUGGGAUCCAUCAACAAGGUGAUGGAGGAUUUGAGCUUCGUCGCGUUGCUCCGCAAGAAGUUUAGCUACCUCGAGAGCAUCCCCGGCGUCCUCCUCCCCCACCCUUCCUCCGCAGCUGCAGCGGCCGCCGCCUUCCCCAUCGUUGACGGGUGCAACCAGCUGGCUGCUGCCUGUGGCCCCCACUGGACCGCAUCCCUGCCCCUGCCCCUGCCCCUGCCGGACUUGUAUGACCAAUACUUGAUGGCGCAGCAGAUGAGGGUCACGCCGUCGAUGAGCAGCCUCGAGGCGCUGCUCUCGAAGCUGCCGCCCGUUGCCCCGCCACAAGGUUUCAUGGAGAUGCCCCCACCGAUGGUCGGGCUGAUGCAGAGGCCGCUGGUGGGUGCAAAAGAGGAACAAGGAGAGGAGAAAAUGGAAGAGUUACAGCCGACGCCGCCACAGCCAGAGAGCGGUGGCGACAGCAGCAGCUCAUUGCCUUCGUAUUAUCUCAAUAUGACCAAAUUACCAGGUCAGGAUCAUGAUCCCGAGGGCUUCUAAUUAAUAAUUAAUAAUGAAUCAUUAGUUAGGGAGUGAUCUACAAAAUAUUGUGAAAAUCAAUCUAUUGAAUCAACUUAAAAAUUAUAUAUCAAUCUCCUUGUUGAUUACUUUAGAUGCUUACUUUGUGCUGGUAAUUAACGAUCUUUAUAAUCUGUAAUGGUUAAUUAAUUAACUUGUAAGUUAUGUUUAAACAGUAAAUAUUGCUAACUACUCAUCCAAUAA